CGCUCCCCUCCGCGCGUGGGGGCAGUGGGAAGAGCCCGGCUGCGCUCUGCCUCCCCCCGCCGCCAGCAGCAGCAGCAGCAGCAGCGCCCGGGAGAGUUUCAUUCAGUGCCGGGAGGAAGCGCUGCCUGCACGGGAGGCGCCUGCCCACCGCGCGGCUCGCUGCUCUCCGCCUCCUCCUCUCGGCGGCGGCUUCCCCGCCUUCCCCGCAGGAGGCCGGCUGCCCCCUGCCUGCGCGCAGCCGCCCCCCGGAGCAGAGGCGCCCGCGAGAGGCCGGCAGGGACGUUUACAAUCGAACAUUUCUCUUGUCUUAUAGAGGACAAUACUCACCCUUUUAGUAAUGGUUACCACAUCCGUUCUCUUACCUGUGCUGCAAUAGCAACCUUCAUCUAAAGGCAUUGCAAGGAAUCUUCUGGAAUUCCUAGGUGAAGAGAGCUACCUAAAAUAGUGAGAUGAAAAGGCCCUCAUUCCAUUUAGAAACUUGAGCCUAAGGAUAGUAGUUCAGAGUGGCAUAGCUGAGGCUCGGAAAUCUUCUAUCCAGAUCACUGCCUGUAGUUGAGCACAAAGAAAACAACGAGACUCCCACAUUUUCAGCAAGAAGAAAGGAUUCAGCAGAGCAGAUUAAUACGGACUUGUGUCUGGUGGCCUUUUUGUACAAAGGCUGCCUUUAAAAAAGAAACAGUGUUAUUUAAUGAGCUGUGAGACGAGGCACUGCUGCUAACACUCCAAUUCCAAGAUUCAUCUGCUAUUCAUUGUGCUUAAUGUACAUGUUUCUACACCGUGCAUUUAGAAGCUCCCAGAGAAGAAUCCAAAACGGCUGCGGGGGAAAGACCACCAAACAUGCCUACAGAAACACUACAGACAGGUAGCAUGGUGAAACCAGUCAGUCCUGCUGUUACUUUCACAUCUGCCGUUCCUCUUCGCAUCUUAAACAAAGGACCGGACUAUUUUCGCAGGCAGGCAGAGCCUAAUCCAAAAAGACUUAGUGCUGUGGAGAGACUAGAAGCUGAUAAAGCAAAAUAUGUAAAGAGCCAAGAGGUCAUCAAUGCCAAACAAGAGCCUGUAAAGCCAGCAGUGCUUGCAAAGCCACCAGUUUGCCCUGCCGCCAAGCGAGCAUUGGGUAGCCCUACCCUGAAAGUGUUCAACAACAAUGCAAAGACUGAGAGUGGUGUCCAGAGAGAAAAUUUAAAAUUAGAGAUUUUGAAAAACAUCAUUAAUAGCUCUGAAGGCUCCAGCUCAGGUUCAGGUCACAAACAUAGUUCACGAAACUGGCCUCCCCACAGAUCUGAUUCAGCAGAGCUGAACCGGCAUUCAUUUGCAGAAUCUUUGAAGGUCUACCCCACCCAGGGCCGGAGCAGCCCUCAAGAAAGCAACUCCAACGUGAGCAGGAGGCUCUUAGAACAGUCAGCGGAGACUUUCUUGCACGUUUCCCAUAGCUCAUCAGACAUUAGAAAAGUAACUAGUGGUAAGCCCUUAAAAGCAAUACCCUGCAGUAGUUCAGCCCCACCUCUGCCUCCAAAACCCAAAAUUACUGCCAUCGCCACCUUGAAAUCCCCAGAUAUCGACACAGUAGAAUCCAGUUGUGGAGUCAGUCGAAGACCCUCCCUACAACGAUCAAAAUCAGAUUUAAGUGACAGAUACUUUCGUGUUGAUGCAGAUGUUGAACGAUUCUUUAACUACUGUGGACUGGAUCCUGAAGAGCUUGAAAACCUUGGGAUGGAAAAUUUUGCAAGGGCUAACUCUGAUAUUAUAUCCCUCAACUUUCGCAGUGCAAGCAUGAUUAGCUCAGACUGUGAACAGUCUCAGGACAGCAACAGUGACCUUAGAAAUGAUGACAGUGCCAAUGACCGUGUGCCAUAUGGCAUUUCUGCAAUUGAAAGAAAUGCCAGAAUCAUCAAGUGGUUGUAUAGCAUCAAGCAAGCUAGAGAGUCACAGAAAGUGUCCCAUGUGUGAGAGGAAAUCCACAAUAGAAUAAGCAAGGACCGUAACUUUGUGAAUAUUCAGUUGUGAAGGGUUGUGAAGUCUACUUGAAGUCUUGUACACUUCUCAAAUCUCUUUGUGUUGCUUGUUGUGCAAUGUUUUUAAGUUGCAUGCCUGUCAACAUGUGAACUGACCUGGCUUCCACUUGAACAAUAACACUACAAAUCCUGGCUGAGCAUACACAUUAUCUGCCAAAAGUUUAAGACCAGAAUCUAAUUAGGGCUUCAUCAUAAUCAAAUUGUUUACAUGAAAAGAUUAUAUAACUUCUUCAUAUUUAUAUAGUUCCUUGUGUUUUUUUAUAUCUCACGUUUUUGUGUCUUAAAUACAGAUAUUGUCAACUGACAUUACUAGCUUUUAAAUUGAAAUGGAAUCCUUUUAAAAGACAAGGCAAAAUUGGCCAAAAUAAGAGAUUUAGACAUACAACAAUAGGCAAAGAAACUUGAUCUUCUGUGGAAUGGGAUUUAUUGGCUCACGUAAAAGUGUUCCUAAACUACAGAGAAUAAUGCAUCCUUUGUUAAAAUACGCAAAUCCACCUUUAUUAAAGCACUGUUUGGGGUAUGAUGCUUUUAAUUUUCUAAGUUCCCUCAUUUUUACAGUGAAAGUAGUUUAGCAAAGCUGCUUGACCUUUCAUAGCCUAAAUGAGUCCUGAGUUUGAUUCAGUGUAAAAAUAUUAAUAGUUUCAUGUUACACUGAUGGAGAGGUUAAAAAGUGUCAAAGAAAGUUGACUGAUAGAAAUGUCUUCAAUGAUGUGUUGGGUUUUUGUUUUGUUUUUGUUCCUUUGUUUCUUUUCUUGUUAAAUAAAGAUUCCUAGUCUUAAACUUUUGACAGGAAUGAUUAGAUUCUAUAGCUGAUAUUGAAUGCCUUUAUUAGUCAAGCACACCAUGACUACAAACUCCAUGCUGUCUUUUAAGUUUUUGUAGAUUUGUUUGAACAGUUCAUGAACAAAAAUGGAAACACACAGCCAUAUCAGUAUAAAGCCUCCUGUUAAGAAGUAAAUACACUCGAUAGCUAAACUAUAUCUGAGAAACUGUGAUUAUGUUGUCUUGCAUAUGUUAUAUCUAAGGCUGUGAAAGUUUGUUACAGCUCUAGGAAAGUGUAGAAACAUGACAGUACGUAGCUUUUUUCCCCCUUCCUUAUGAUGGUUAGUGCUGCACGUUAAUCUGUUACAAUUUUGUUGACAAUCUGUGUCUUCCCAAUGGUUUAAUUAACUGUCAUUCCAACCGACAGUUGUGGUGUGUGGUAGCAGAGAAGUUGAAAGUACAGUGGUCUGCUUCAUUAUUAUUGUAUUCAUGCUCUGAAGUACAUUGCAGCACUACCUUAUACUUCAUCAGCUAAUAGGAAACUUUUUUAUUGUGUAAAUGCUGUAAUACUUUGUAUAUACUUCAGUUGUUAUUAAAUCUUUAAAAAGAAGAGUGUUAUGCUAAUAAAUAGCUCCUGGUGCAGGUA